AUGUAUGUGAAAUGGUUUGAUACAGUAAUGUUUUACUAUGUGAUUUUAGUGAAUGUCACUUUUUGUCAUUUUCAAAUUUUCCACCGUUCCAUCCCCCGUACGUCCCAACGCUCGCAGGGGACGGAACCCAGAUGACAGAUGCCGGCAUCCACCGGAUUACGAGGACACUGCAGGAGGGACAUCGCGGGAGCGCAGGAUAAGGUAAGUGAUCGAGGGAUCCCGGAGCAGCACCGCAUGGUAAGCCCGAGUGUAGCUCGGGGGUUACUGCUUGUGCUACACUCGGGAAUACCACCAGGGAGGUUAAGG